CGGGCCACGCUCUGGCAGCAGCAGCAGCAGCAGCAGCAGCAGCAGCAGCAGCAUGGUGCGAGCACGGGGCGCUGUGGUCCUCACCCGCCGCCUCCUCCUCCUGGUGGCCCUGCAAGCCUGGGACACGCAGGCUGCUCCAAGACGAGCGCGGGGAGCAGACGAUGGCAUUGGCGGUGCUUAUCGAGCUUCUCGGCUGGAUCCUGGUUAUAAGCCUUGGGGGCAUCCCAGAGUCCAUGUUGAUCAAGACGCUCGGUGGAUUCCUGUUCCUGAGCCUGGGGGGCAUCCCAGAGCCGUCCCUGUAGGCAGCGGCUGCUUGAGUUCUCGACUUGAGCGUGUCCGUGAGCCUCAGGGCGAUCCCACAGAUGUGGCUGCAGGCGAUGGUUAUCCAGCUUCCUGGCUGGGUUCCAGGGCUGACCCGCAGGGAGGUCGCAUUGAUGUGGCCAGAGGGAGGGCUUUUCCAGCUUUUCCAGCUCCUCGGCUGGAUCCUGGGCUGGAUCCCAGCAGGCAUCCCAAGGAGACUAACCGUGAGACUGUGCAGAAGGAGGCCUUUCAGAAGGGAAGCAGUCACAGAGUGCCAGUCUCAGAUGAAGAAAGAGAGGCAAUGCAAGAAACCGGCACGCCAGGGGCAGAUGCUGGGAAAAAGGCUGAGGCUGCUGGUCGUGAAGAGCUGCGCAAGUACUAUAUCCCAGUGACUGCAUCAGCCUUGGGCGUGCUGCUGCUUGGGAUAGUGGUAUCUUGCGUAGUCAUUGCACGGCUGAGGAAGAGAGACCCAAGGACCCAGAGAGACCAAGAAGCACUGGGACAAGCUGAUACUGACUCUGCCUGGAAAAGUGAAGAUCAAACUAGAGACAAAGGCAAAGCAGAGUCAGGAGAAGGAACAAGAAAAGGGGAGGUUGCCCAAGCAAAUGAGAUUUUCAGCAACGGCUCCAGCCCAUCACCGUGGCCUUUUGCAGCAGAGCUCGCCCAGCUGUACAGGAACGUGAGCGCAGACCCCUCACCUCUGCCCGCUUGUCCCAGCUGCUCUCUCACCGACAGUGUCUCUUCACUGGACACCUGGAUUUCUUUGGACUCGCCUCAGCCUAACCCCUUCUGGUGUCCCUGCUACCAGUACCAACAGGGAUACUGUACUUCAGAAGAUGAGUCUUUUUAGAAUAAAUAAUAAAUAUAAUUUGG